UGAAAGUGAGCUGAGGGCAAUUUUAUGGUGAACUAAUGGAUUAAAAAUUUCCCGUCCCUUUUCGCCUUUUAUGGCUGUUAUUCUUUUAAUAAAAAUACACCAUGCAUUUUUCCAUUCCGGAUACGCUUGAAGUUAAAGAUGAUAAUGGGUCGUCAUAUAUUGCAUAUAACAUGCAUGUGAAUGGUGCCUUUCAUUGCACAGUGAGGUAUCGCCAACUUUAUAAUUUGUUUGAUCAACUAAGGAGAGAAUUUGGACCAAAUUGCCUUCCACCAUUCCCUCCGAAAAAGUUACUGCCUCUUACACCAUCACAAACUGAAGAGAGGCGAGCACAACUGGAAAAAUUUAUUCAAUUAGUUAGCCAAGACACACGUGUUUCAACGAGUGAUGUUUUUACUGGGUUUUUACUGUCUGCUCAACAAGAAACACAGAAUGCUAAAGAAGAAAAUGUAUCUCUGGAUGUUCACUUGAUGAAUUGGCAGAAAAUUAACGUCAGGAUAUCAUCCCUUGCUCGUACUUCUACUCUAAUGGAAGCUGUAAGCAAAAUUUUAAAACUUGAAGAAAAGUAUAUUUCCUACUUUUGUCUAUAUCUUGUUAGUAAAUGCAACAAUGAAAUUUCAGUUGAGAGAAAGCUUCAAGAUUUUGAGUCUGCAUACUUGUCUCUGAAGUCCUCGGGUUCCAAUUAUUAUUUAGUGGUACGUAAAAGCUAUUGGGAUCCAUCUUACGAUGAAGAACUACUUGAAGAUAGGAUAUGUUUAAAUUUAUUAUAUGUCCAGGCUGUUAGUGAUGUGGAAAGAGGAUGGACACAUACUGAUAAUGAAUCUCGUAGAAAGUUAGUAGCUUUGCAAGCUCGUGGGUCCAAAAAAGAAUAUCUUCAACUUGUUAGAACUUUGAAAUUUUAUGGCCAUAUUCAAUUUCGUCGAUGUAUAUGUGACUAUCCUCAACCAAAUACAAAUGUCACUGUGAGUGCUGGAGGUCGUGAAAUAAUAUUUCAUUUUGAUUCUGAUCCUGCUUCUGAAAAUAAAGCCUUUUUUAGAGUUACAAGAAUUAAAUGUUGGAGAAUUACUACAUCUCUUUCUGAUUCCACAGAGAAUAGUCAUGCAUCUCCUGUAAAGCUAAAAUUAGAGCUGUCAUUUGAAUAUUUAAUGAGUAAAGACCACUUGAAAUGGAUUUGCAUCAACAGUGACCAAGCCAUUUUAAUAAGCGUAUGUCUUCAAGGUAUGGUUGAUGAAUUGCUUCUAAAGCGACAGGGUGGCAACAAGAUAGUUCAAAAAAAUGAAAGAACAGGCCGACGUGGGUCUUGGAACUACAUGAAACGAGAUGGCAGUAGUCAUCAGAUUUCGUCUUCUGUUGGCCGAUCAGUAUCUACUGAUGGCAUCGUAAAUUCUACUGUGAGAGAAGAUUCUAGUAAUUUGAUAGGAAGAUCAAAAGACCAAGUGCGGAGAAUUGCAGGGAAAUUUUCAUCGAAGCAUGGUUCGAAGAAUGGUCCAUGUCCCCCCAAGCCUCUUGUUGAAAAUGAUGCUUUUGAAGGCAUUGGUGAUGAUGAUCUAUGAAUAUUUUUUGAGCUUCGGCAUUGCAUAAGCACAGAGUGACAGCUGAAAUCUUCCAGAAAAAUAUUUUUCAGUGUUGGAUACAAUGUGACUCUCUCAUAGUUUGAGACAGCAAGUGAUCUAAAGAAUCUUUUAACAUUUCCUUUUUAAUAAUAUAAACGAAUAUUUGAAAUUAAACAAAUAUAUAUAUCAUUUGUUUUUAAUCAGAAGGGUCAAAGUAAAAAGCCAGGCUUUUCUUGGCUUGUUUAAACUCCCUGACAAAAUCCUUUUAGAGGCAAUGAUUUUUAUGUGAUGAUGCAUGAUACGAGAGAAUGAAAGUUGUAUUUAAAUAACUUGUUUUCAUUUUAAAUUCAUGUUUAUGAUUGUUAUUAAUGCAAUAGAGCGUUUUGAAUGCACAAUUGUGUUGAAAAUGGCACACUUUGUUUUUUACUUCCGUUUACAUAAUAAAGGAAGUAUUGUAUUCGCCAAAAAAUUUUCUCUCAAAAAUUGGCCUUAAUUUCCAUUUUGCUCGCCCCGAAUGAAUAUUGAGUUUUUUUUUCAACCCGACCCCACGUGGACACAUUCCUAAGAACAUAUAGACACCCUCCCGAAAUAACCAUUUUGACAAUACCUGAAUUAAUUACAAUGAGUUUUCUCGUGACCUCUGUAUGUGCAUAUGUAUCUUGCAUAUCUGGAAAAAGGUAUGUCCUAGAAAGUUGAAAUUUGGUACAUAGACUCCUAGUGGGGUCUUGUGCCUCUCACUUUUUGGUUGCAUUUAGAUGUCCCAAAGGGUGUCUUUUACACAAGGUCGCCAACUUGACGACAAAUUUGACUGUUUUUUUUUCUUUUUUUAAAUAAUCUGGUUUCAAUUUUGCCAUAUUUAGAGAGCAAACCAUUGAAUCACAUUAAAAUGGCCAAUGUUGGGAAAAUUUAUCUGUGUAAAACAUUUUUUCUUUUUUGCUUUGGUUCGCAACAAACUUGGGGUGAAAAUAUUUAAAGUGUUUCUUUGCUUACUCCAAAGCACUAUUAUCAUUAAAUUGGAGUAAAAGGAAGUCAUAUGAUGUACACAUCUGCUUG